CGCGUSCGKUUAACUAAUAAAUCGUGUCUUCCGUGGAUCCACCAAAAGCUGUUCAUUUGCAAUURAAAAAUACAUCGCUUCUUUAUCGCCUCACCUAUUUAUGUAUGUCUUCCGAUCCGAUGGAUGAUAAGCGASCGAYUGGGAAAAUGAGUAAACGGCGAAAAYCUUCAUUUGAUUAUGCAGCGACCAAAAGUUGGAGUAAAACGCCUCGCCAGCUGCCACUUGCCAGCRCAAGRACRACUGAUAAUAUCGUGUCACUCRUGAUAGCCUUUCUGGUCGUCAUCRCUACAGCCAGUACAGAUGCUUCCAACUACUUUGACACCCAAGGACCUAAUUUUUCGCAUGAGCCGCCAUCUCGCAUCGAAUUCACCAAUAACGCCGGCAGCAUUGCCGAUUGCAUAGCGCAUGGCAAUCCACCGCCGAAUGUCGAAUGGCUGGACAAGGACAAUAAUCCCAUCACCUCGAUAUCAAAGGUCCGUCAUAUGCGGGCUAACGGUUCACUCUAUUUUCCCCCAUUGGAGGCAGAAGAGUUCCGUCAAGAUGUCCGUGUAUCAUUGACGUGACGUUGUGAUCAAAGCAGGUAAGUACGGCGAUAAGUCGGAAUUAGAAAUGUUAGAAACACAAUCGCUGACGUUGCGUUGUGUCCUAAGAGAAUGAGAAUCGAAAUAUUUCUACUUAUUUGUCUCAUUCUCUUAGAGCUGGUCAGGUUUACUACGAUAAUUGCACUAAUCAUCGUAAGAAGAACGAAUUUCUGAGCAUGGAUCACAAAGGCCGUUAAUGCUGACAGGAGUUUGAGUCAUUCAUAUUCAAUGCAAAGGACAAUUUCGACUCCAUAAUGUCCGACAAAACUUAUCAUCCGCUUCAAAAGAACUAUGGUGAUCUUAUAUCCUGAAAUUUAAGUUAGUGUGAAGCUCUCAAAAGAAGUACCCUCCAUAACUUCCCCUUGAGCUUUAAUUCUUCCGUUAAAGUGUUCAUUACGUUUUUUUCGUGCACUUCACUCAGUCCGCAUAUCCCUCGCAGAGAUAUGUCCGCAAAGAAGAAAUCACCAGAGUAGGUUCCGCGUCUGUUCCUCUGAAAAUAAAUAGCUUGAAGCUUUUGUUUAAAAAUCGUAGAGUCUUAAAGGACUCACUUCUCUUCUAAAACUCUAAAAGUUAAAUGAAGAAGAUAUUUAGUAAGGAUAUUGUCUCUAUUUAUUCUGACGGGUCCAUAUGGGAUUGCGAGUUAAGGAGGAGACAUACUCCGUGGAUAUUCAUAAUUAUUUCCGAGUUUCGUCGAAUAACUAAAGAAGGAAACAGAAAAUUAGAUUAGAAAUAUGUAACCAAAUGCAAGAUAGCGAAUCAGAUAUGACCAAACUAUGAUAAGACAAGAGCUUAGAACUUUUUAAAUAUGUCUACCAUAACGGGGCAUUAACCAGUUGGGGAAUAUGAGUUAAAAAUAGGAAUAUUUUCCGUAGUUGCAAACUCGAAGGGAAAAAGGAAAACAGUUCUAUACUUCCUUUGUGAGUGCCCAGAUCUAUCACAAACCUUAUAUAACAUAAAAGUUUUGGAAUCCAUCAGGUAUCAAACAUUGAAAGUCUAUCUACAAAAAUCAUAAUGAAGAUAAGUGAUAAGUGAACACAUGGUUCAAAUACAACGAUGGAAGAAGAUAGAUAUAAUUAAAGAACUUACAAUAGUGCUUAAAAAUGACGCAUCUAGGCUAAUUAAGUUAAUUAAGCGGCUGCACUAACUUCAAACUACUACUACUUGACUACUAUACGCUCUCUUCGAU